AUGGAAACGGACCGUGAUCAACGAUAUCGCUCUCGCGUCCUUCGCGAGAUGCAUGCAAACCGCGAGAACCCCUUCAACUCGCCGCCUUCCUCGACCGGUUCCCACGGCACCGUCAGCCCGACCAUGACCUCUGUCUUCUCCGACCCCGAAGGCGAAUCGACCCGCAGACUGAACGAGGAUAUUGCCCGCAUCACCGGCGGCGCUAGGAAGCUACCCGUCAACUGGGAAGCCGCCCAUCGCAAGUGGCCUGAGUACUUUUCCAAGCCCAAGAACUCUCUCGGCAACAAGGAGACCAAGCCCAACAAGGAGAGCCACAUCGUGCCCUCGUUCAAGUUCCUCCAAGAAGACUCGACGCGAGACAUCUGGGAAGGCUCUAAGCGCAAGCGCGCCGACAUGCAGCCCCGCGCCGACGACGAGUGCGACCUCUCCGUUCUUCUCUCGAAAUCCCCCGCGCCCGUCCUCUCCCGCAACAAUCGCCACCUCGGUCCCCUCUCGCGCGCCCACAACCGCGCGCCAUCAGAGCCUAUGCCGCUCCUGCAAAGACGACCAUCAAUUUCAGCAGCCCUCGAACAGUUACGCAAGGCCUCCGGAAGCCCCAAGCACAUGUCAGGAGCUAACGGCUCGUCACCCAAUGGGUCCUCUGCCAAAUCUAGCUUUACCGCAGUGCCUCCCUCCCCCAACUCCAUCGCCAGUCCCAACAAUGGCGCAAACGCGCGUUCAUUCUUCAUGCCCGAUGUGUCUCAUCUUGGCGACUUUGUGACCGGCACCCUUCGAUUCAGCGGAUCCAUGAAGAAUGGUGUUCCAAUUUUCGUCAAGCAGGGCCGGGUCCACGACAGGCAGGCAAGCCCUGCUGCUGCUGCUCACAUCCCUGUCGACUCGAUCAAGGUCCCACAAGAAGAGGAAAAAAUCUUCGUCUCGAUGGAUAUGAUCCGCGACGAAAUUGUUUCUCUUCAGGAGCACCAUGAAAAGGUUCAAGAAUAUGCCUUGGGCUUGCAACAGCAAGUUGAACGGCUAGAGGCCCAGUCAAGAGAGAAGGGCCACAACCUGGACAAAGGGCACCGUCACGACCAAGUCACGCAAGACAAUGCCCGGCUUCGAUCCGAGAUUGUCUCUUUGCAGGCGCGUCUAGACCAAGCUACGCGCAAGCUCAGCACCAGCGAAAUCGCCAACGAUUCCAUUUCACAUGAAAAGGAUCGUGUACUCACCAGGCUGCAAGAGGCGUGCGAUGACAUAAACAAGCUAACCCGGAAACUCACGGUCAAAGAAAAGGCACUGGAGACAUCUCAGAAGCAGCUGGACUCAUCUGAGCAAGUUCGUCAGGAUAACGAUACUCUGCGCCGCGAUCUUGUUGCCAUUACCCACAGCCGCGAUGCUCUUGAGCUGGAGAACUCGUCUUUACGCGACGAUAACCGCAAGCUCGAAAGUGAGCUACAGUCACUGCGGUCGCAGAUGGAUAGAACGCGUUCCGAAAAUGACCGCUUGCGUCAGCAGCAGCAGUCUUUGCUCGCGGAGAACAAGUCUCUCCGUGCCAGCAAAUCUCAAUUUGAGCAGAGUGAGGUUCUCAAUGAAGAUCUCGACGAGGUGCAGCACGAGCUUGAUGCUGCUCGCGAAGAGCUUGAAGCACUUCGCAAGCAAAAUGAGGAGCUCGCUUCUCUGCGAGAGGAUAACCAGAGCCUUGUGCGACACAAUGAAAAAUACUUCAACGAUAAUAAGAUGCUCAGGCGCGAGAACUCUGGGUUUGAGCGCAGUAUUCAUGACCUGCACGAAGAGAAUAUCAAGCUCAAGGAGGAAGUUACUUUCCUCAAGGAGCAGAUUGAUCACUACCGUCCAGCUCCCAAAGCAAACAUUGAGACCGAGGGCACUACCGCUGGUCUCUUCCUACCUGAGAUGACGGUUGAUACCAACAUAUCUGGUCCUGAAGCUCCCACUGAGACCAAGGAACUGCUUGAUAUGCCCCUGGAGAUGACUGGUCAGAGCCAGAACGUUACGGAUGGCGAAUAUACUGAAUCUGUACUGAACACCAACCAGAACGUGGAGGCGUCUCAGAAGAAGGGUCAAGCCACCAAUGAGCAGGCACAAAAGGUAGCCUUUUCCAUCCCGGCUAAGCCUGGGGUGUUGAAGACUGCUGCCAACCAAGGCAGCAAGCGUCGAUCUGCCUCGCGCCAGGCACCGAAGGCUCACUUCGAGAACUAUAGCGACUACGAAGAGACUACAGGGCCUCUGUCCUUGGAUCUGGGCGCUACUCAGGACCAGGCGAUUGAGCUGAGCGUUCCUGUGCAGGGAAUCUUCAAGCCUAUUGGCAACCGCGACCAGACCCCUCAUCCUCGCAAAACCAAAAAUGUUCAGCGCACCAUGGAGACAGACAUCACGACCGAAACGACCAAGAGCAUCCAUCAAAGCAUCGGCCAUGCCCUGUCUCGUGACGCGAGGCGUGUGCUUGACGGCCUUUGUGAGCACAGCUGCAGCAAUUGCAUUGUUUGCACCCGAAUCACCUCGCACCGCAGCUCAUCUACGGAGCUCGCCACCGGCAAGAAGCGCGUCACUGUACCUCGCCCCGUCCCCGUAACGGACCGCAACCUCUCCGUCGAAGACCCGACAAUGCGUCCGGCGCAGUUCCCUGGCCAUGCCCUCGCCCUCGUCAUAAAGGGCCUGGAAGACGAGUCUCGUCAUCUACAGUUUGAGCUCUCGAGGCUGCAAACCAAGUACCACAAUCAUGACAAGGCUAUUGGUAAACGGGACCGCGUGGCACUUGCCGAGGACAUUCGGGCCCUGCUCAAGAGCCUCGAGGUGAAGAAUGACCAGAUUUACAGUCUGUAUGACGUCCUUGAGGGCCAAAAGGCGGCUGGCCAGGCCAUGUCAGAGGAGGAACUCGAGAUGACCGUUCUCAACAUCACCGGCAUGUCUAUCCGCGACGCCACUGACCAACUCACCUGGGAAGGCAUUCAUUAA